GUACCUGUGCUGUUCCUGGGACAUCUUGAGGAGUCUGAUGGUGCAGUUCUGGAAGGACGGGGGGGAUUUGAAGGAAUAUGCCUUCUUCUUCAUUGAUCUGUUUGCUGAGGGUUUGGGGGGGCGGGGCCCUGUCAGACCCUGGUACAGAGGCGACCAGGACGACUUCACGGCCCGACUCGCCUUCAGGAGUGUGAAGGUGUUGACGUACCUGGAGCCUCAGAAUCCAGAAUAUCUGCAGUUUGUUGAAACUCUGAAGAGCGACGCAAAGAAAUUAUUCAACUUCACCAUCGAAGACUCUCUGUACAACCUGAUUGCUGGAGGCUUCCAUGAUGGAGUGAUGCUCUACUCUCACGCUCUGAAUGAGACUCUGAGCGAGCACAGAGGACCGGGGGUUGUCCUGAGGCCGAAACAAGACUUGGUGACCAGGAGGAUGUGGAACAGAACAUUCCAAGGAGUGACUGGUUUGGUGGAGAUGGACGAGGUUGGGGACAGAGAGAUUGACUUUGCCGUUUGGGACAUGACGGACGUCGACUCUGGAGAGUUUCAGGUGGUGUGUGUGUACAACAGCAGUAUGAAACAGCUGCUCAUGCAGAGUGGGCGGAGCUUCCAGUGGCCAGGUGGAGCUCCUCCUCCAAAUGUCCCGGAGUGUGGCUUCAAGAACGACAAACCAUCCUGCCUCGCACGUACAGUUUCGAUGCAUCAGAUGGUUGCCAUAGUGAUGUGCUUCGUCUUUAUCAUCAUCGUUACGGUGACCGUCUUCAUCUACAGGAAGUUGAAGCUGGAGAGUGAGCUGGCAGCUCAGCUGUGGAGAGUUUCCUGGGACAAUGUCCAGAUGAGCAACCUGGAUAAAGUCCUGAAGAGAGCCUGCAGCCGACUCACCAUGUCUCUGAAAGGAUCCAACUGUGGCUCUCUCAUGACCAUGGAGGGAAACUUCCAGAUCUACACCAAAACUGGAUACUACAAGGGAAAUCUAGCUGCCAUCAAAUAUAUCAACAAGAAACGUAUUGAACUGACCAGGAAGGUUCUGUUUGAACUGAAACACAUGCGUGAUGUCCAGAAUGAGCACCUGACUCACUUCAUCGGCGCCUGCAUUGACGCACCGAACAUGUGCAUCAUCACAGAAUACUGUCCCAGAGGCAGUCUACAGGACCUGAUGGAGAGUGACAGCAUCACGUUGGACUGGAUGUUCAGAUACUCUCUCAUCACUGACAUCGUCAAGGGGAUGGCCUUCCUCCACAACAGCGUCAUCGUCUCCCACGGCAACCUGAAGUCUUCAAACUGUGUGGUCGACAGUCGCUUCGUCCUGAAGAUCACGGACUACGGACUGCAGAGUCUCCGCACCUGCUGCUGCCCCGAGGACACACACGCUUAUUACGCACGUAAACUGUGGACUGCUCCAGAAGUGCUGAGGUCCGACUGCCCCCUCCCCCGGGGGACUCAGAAGGGAGACGUCUACAGCUUCGGGAUCAUCCUGCAGGAAGUGGCUCUGCUGAGAGGAGUUUUCUACCUCGACACUCAAACCCUGACUCCUAAAGAAAUCAUCCAGGCAGUGAUGAGGGGUGGUGCCCCCCUCCGCCCCUCCCUCUGCUUCCACAGUCACAGUGAGGAGCUCGGAGUCCUGAUGCAGCGCUGCUGGAGCGAAGACGUGAGCGAGCGGCCCGACUUCAGCACCAUCAAGAUCCUGCUGAGGAAACAACACAGAGGUUAUGGUUCAAACAUCCUGGACAAUCUUCUGUCUCGGAUGGAGCAGUACGCCAACAACCUGGAGGAGCUGGUGGAGGAGAGAACGCAGGCGUAUCACGAGGAGAAACGCAAAGCUGAAGCACUGCUCUACCAGAUACUACCACAUUCAGUCGCCGAGCAGCUGAAACGAGGUGAGACAGUUCAGGCUGAAGCCUUCAACUCUGUGACCAUUUACUUCAGCGACAUCGUCGGCUUCACCGCGCUGUCUGCUGAGAGCACGCCGCUGCAGGUCGUGACUUUGUUGAACGACCUCUACACCUGCUUUGACGCCAUCAUCGAUAACUUCGAUGUUUACAAGGUGGAGACUAUCGGCGACGCCUACAUGGUGGUGUCUGGUCUGCCGGUGAGGAACGGUAAACUCCACGCUCGGGAGGUGGCCCGGAUGUCUCUCGCCCUGCUGGACGCUGUGAAGAGCUUCAGGAUCCGACAUCGAGCGAAUCAGCAGCUGCUGCUCCGCAUUGGCAUACACAGUGGUCCAGUUUGUGCCGGUGUGGUCGGGCUGAAGAUGCCCAGGUAUUGUCUGUUCGGAGACACGGUCAACACAACGUCACGCAUGGAGUCAAAUGGAGAGGCUCUGAAGAUUCAUGUGUCAGAAGCAACUCGUCAGGUUCUGCAGGAAUUCAGCUGCUUCACAUUAGAGCUCAGAGGAGAAAUCCAGGUGAAGGGGAAAGGACCAAUGAGGACGUACUGGCUGCUGGGAGGGGACGACAACUGACAGAGGACGAUACUGACAGAGGACGA